AUGAACGCGUUCGGAAGCGCACUCGAAAUCUUGACCCUGUAUGCUCAGCGCCCGAUUGUCGAAAAGCACUCAAGAUACGCUUUCUACCAUCCAUCGUGUGAAGCAUUCGCGUCCAUGCUCGUGGAUCUGCCGGCGAAAGUGGGGAAUACGAUCAUCUUCAACUUGACACUCUACUUUAUGACAAAUUUGAGGAGAGAGCCAGAUCCUUUCUUUUUCUUUGCGCUGAUAUCAUUCUUCCUCACUUUGGCUAUGUCUAUGCUAUUUAUAUCUAUUGCCGCCAUGUCUCGGACACUUGCACAAGCCAUGGUGCCCACAGCUCUCUUCAUCCUCUCGAUUAUCAUAUACACUGGUUUUGCUAUCCCUACCAAAUAUAUGCUUGGUUGGUUUAGGUGGAUCAAUUAUCUUAAUCCGGUAGCUUUUGGCUUUGAAGCUCUUAAGAUCAAUGAGUUCACGCAAACCCGCUCUUCGGUUGGUUCCGUUCCGGGAUCUAGUUCUAUCAACGGCGAUAGGUUCAUAAAAUCUUCCCAUAGAUACUAUCAUGCAAACAAAUGGAGGAACUUUGGCGUCAUAAUUACAUUCAUGAUAUUCUUCAUGCUUGUAUAUCUUUUAGCCACCGAGUGGAUCUCGGCGAAUAAGUCACGUGGCGAGGUUCUCGUCUUCCGUCGCGAAUCUCUCGACCUCGACCACAUCUCGACAGAGGAGAAACUAGACUAUGUUGAUCAAGUCAUCAAACUCUUGGACAUGGAGGAAUUUGCCGAUGCAGUCGUGGGAGCUCCAGGCGAGGGUCUGAACGUUGAGCAACGGAAGCGUUUGACAAUUGGUGUUGAGCUGGCCGCGAAGCCUCAGCUCCUUCUCUUUCUUGCUGAACCAGCAUCUAGUCUUGAUAGUCAAACGUCGUGGGCAAUUUAUGAUCUUAUAGAAAAUUUGAAAACGAUAGGCCAAGCGAUCCUUUGCACUAUCCACCAAUCUUCUGCUAUGCUAUUCCAGCGCUUCGACCGACUCUUGUUUCUUGCCAAAGGUGGAAAGACCAUAUACUUGGGUGAUAUUAGACAAGAUUCCCACGUGUUAACAGCCUACUUUGAGAAGAACGGCGCUCCCAAAUGCUCUAGUGUUAUUGCGAAAGCGUUUAUUACAGAGCUUAGCUCCCUAGAAGUGAAAUAUACUAUAAGAGUAAUAAGUAUAACUCUUGAUCGAAUAUAG